CUCUCUCUUUCUCUUAUUCAUUUCUGUGAAUCUGAUAUAUCAAAAGCUUUUCAUGGCCGUACGUUUAGUGACCAUCUGGCUCAUCAUAGUCUUAGCCAUCAUCUUCGUGGCCUCACCAGUUUCUUCAAGAAAGCUGUUGGAGAUGAAGAAACAAGAGAACUUGACGGUGAGAGAGGAAAAAGAGAGUCACAUGCCUCACGUGACCAAAACAACCACCCUAACUGCUCUGCCAAAGGGCAAAAUCCCAAACUCGUCGCCGAGCAAAAAGGGUCAUGCCGCCGUCUCCACCGUCAAACUCCGAUCUCGACAUCUUUCCACCGUUGACAGGUUUCUUCAAUCCGUUCCCAGUCCCGGUGUUGGCCAUUGAUAGGCUCCGUUAAUUAGAAUCCUACUUCAUUGUUAUUUUUUUCAUUUUAGUACAUUCUUUUUUUAGGUAUUAUUAUACGAAAUUUCCACGAGGUAGUCCUUUCGAAAAUUUCAUGAGACUUUACAAAUUGUUUUGUUAUAUUUUCUUUUUAAAAGUACAUUUACACAGGGUUCCAAAAUUUUUUCUUCUGUAUAUUAGUCAAAAGUAUACAUUGCUUUCAAUAUCACACGGGGUUUUAAUAUCCCAGCUUGU